AUGAAUGAAUUUACAUUACUGGGACAUAGCUCAACAAAGUUCAAUAUGACUUCAUCCUCGGCGAUUGUUGCAGGGUUUUCUCAGGAUGUUCACAAUUUUGCAUUUCAAACUAAUUUUGCACAGAAAAAUGCAGUCGAUAUAUAUCCAUUGGAUGCUGCCAACGAUUAUAGCGUCAAUAGCUCUUUGGUGAGCCAUAUUGAUUACGAAAGUAAUGAAUUGAAAGCUUCUGAGGUUAUAUUUUCAGGCUGGUGCAACCUUUCGUCUAAAGAGUCAGGCAAGAAGACCAAAAGGAAACGUGACGACGAAAAGAAUAACAUUACCGAAGAAGGAACCUAUACCGAGAACUUUUACGUCAAUGUUUUCUCCAGUGGUAAAGUUGUAGUUUUCUCGUCAGGUGGUAAACAAAUAGUGAAUAUCAUCCAAUUGAAGCAAGAGCUGAGUUAUGCCGAUACUGUAGGUUCUCAUGUGUGGAUUCUCGAUAGCGGUAAGAUCAUAAAAAAAUUUCAAUAUAAUCAAAGUAAAGCUUCGAAAUCUCUUCACCUUGUGAACUUGGAGGGUUUCAAUGACGAAGCGGUGGUGAACUUUCAAGUGCUAACGAAAGGAUCGAACAGCUUACUCGGUGUAAGUUGCGAAGCUCAUUUCUACUUGAUCGAUCCCAACAAGAAAAAAUCAUUGAUUUUGGCAAAGUAUAAUGUAAAUGCGAGCAUUGCGUCAGAAUUCAGCAAAGAUGGAAAAAAUAUCAUUAUUGCCACCACCAGCCAAAUUUUAAUUUAUGACUUCCCUUCGGGCAAUGUAGUUAGAAAAUGGCAAGAGGAUGUCUCAAAGAUGAAGAUUGUCGAUGAGUUCAUCUUAAUCCUUAAUAGUGUUGGGGAGCUAAGUGUGUUUUCAUUAAACAAAGAGGGCUGCAUAUGCAAAAUAACAGUAAUGGAGUCCGAAAUUAUUGAGUGCACUAGUAUCGAGAAUUCGAUCAUGAUUGCUUGGCUGGACGUCAAUGAACCAAAAUUCAAAACUGUGCCAUUUCAAGAGAUAAUAGCGUCUGACAAAAUAGUGUUGAAUGAAGAUAUAGAGGGAAACACAGCCUUGUCAGAAACAGACAGAAUCACAAGAAAAAAUUCUAUUGAUGGUGACGAAGAGGAUAAUACAGUUUCUCCGAAAAAGGUUUCAAAGGCGGAACAGGACGAGCUUACUCAAUCAUUAAUAAGCACUUUAGAUUCGGGAGAUGAUAUUGAACAAAUUACAAGCAUAAUGCAAUUGGAUACAUGGUCAGAACAAAGAAUCAAAUCUUUUAUUUUGAUACAACUACAGACAGUCGUAGCUACAAAAAGGCUUCUUGAAGCUGCUAUUAUGAAAUUACAAGAAAAUUUGUGGGCUAAGUCAAAUUCAAUUUUCAUAUGGUUUAAGUGGUUAAUCACAUUGAAAGGAGAUUCUUUUCUGACAAAAGAUUUUCGCAAACAAUUAAAACUUAUAAAAAUAGGCCUGAGGUCGUCAACUGAAACUCUACCUACUUUACUGGGAAUUCAAGGGAGACUUGAAUUGUUAAAAAAGCAAGAGCAAAUGAGAGUCGAGUUUGCCAAACUGAAUUUUGUUGAGGACGAGGUGGAUGCGGAAAACAUAGAAUACGGGGAAGCCCAAGGAGAUACAGGAGAUAAUGACGAUGCCGAGGACUCAAUAUCCUACGCUAAUGGAGAGGGAGAUACUUUUGUUGAUGCCUCUGAACAUAGGGAUUCGAUUUGA